AUGAAUUUGCUGGCUGUUUUCCUCGGUGUCCUGUGCUUCCUCGCGACUUUCGGAGAAGCUAUCGAAGUUCGUCGCAUCAAAUCGCAUCGGACCAUCUCGGGAAAACGCGCCGCUCGAAAGAGCAAAGACCCCUCUCUUUGCUACGACGAUUUUGAUUGCCCCGGAGUCGAAUACUGCGAUAAAUAUAACCAUUGUGGAUUAGGCGACGAUGAAGAAGAGUUUGAAUAUAAUGAUGUAUAUUGA